UGAACUGGAGUCCUCUAGUGAUUGGCGCUCAAAUCGAAGCUGUUUUCCAGGUUGACCGGCAUCGGAAUCCUCCGUUUACAGCAGUUCUGCGGCCGGGUCGUGAAUGUGUUUGAAUCUUCCUUACACCCUGCAUCCCUGUUAACGGGACGCAGAAAAUGACUUUAGUCUUACCAGCAGUAGCCAAGGAGAUACUUGGAGAUGUUAAGAAAGCUUAUGAGAAAACAUCAAAAAUUCCUGAUGAACUGUUGCUUGCGUUGAAAUUUGUAUUUGGCCCAUUAGUUCUAUUGGCUUUAGACUUAGUGGACCAACGUGCAGUAACAAAUGUUACAUCUCCAAGUGGAAGAAAGGUCAUUCAGGUAAUGGGAAGUUCGGGGAGGCUGUACACAUGCUAUGUUGCCUGCCUGUACUGCCCCUGUCCAGCAUUUGCCUUCUCUGUGCUGCAGAGGAAUGAUGGUUUGUUGUGUAAACAUAUUCUUGCCACACUCCUUAGUGAAGCGAUGGGACUCUGUCGGACUGCAGCUGUUUCAGACCAGCAGAUGACCGAGAUCCUAUUAGAGAAGGAAGAAGACUGAUGGCAGAGGAUUGCAAUAGACGACUUCAGUGGUUAGUGGAGGCAAAGUGUAGUAUUUUGAAAGAGGUUAUUCAAUUAUAAAUAAUUACAUUUUUAUGACUGAUGAAUCCUUUACUUUAUUUUGUGUUUUACAUUUGUAGUUUGUUUCUGUAAAAAAAAGUUGAAAAUAGUUUUCAUAAGAGAAGCAAAAUGUUUUCAUGAUGUAAAUCAUGAUUUUUUUAAAAGAACUAUUCCACAAUUUAUGGCUAAAAUACGUGAGAAUAAAAAACAAACUUAGGGUUUGGGUCUUUACUGAAUCCUUACUGAAUCUGCAGAAACAGGCAUAGGCCUAUUUUUUAGGCAUGCUUAGAAAGUAAAAUCUGGAAUGUUAAUUAACAAAGUAGAGUGAAUAAACCUGGGUUUUGUAAAACCGGCAGCCUUCUUACAGCUGGUCCCCAUGGCGCCGAAAACCCUGACAUGAGCUGUGCUAUGAAUGAGCAUACAUACUCUAUCUUUUAUCCUACAGUCAAUUUUGAAUCACUGUGAAAGGUUGCACGUAUCUUGUAUCACUAAUCUGUUUAUGUUUUGAUAUGUAUACACUACACAUACUUUAUGGUGGACAGCACAGAGGAUAUCAUUGCUGCCAAACAGCUUGUGAAGACUGGGUUCAAAAUCCUGCACACUCUCUGUAAGAAGUUUGCAAGUUCUUGCUUUUUCUCUUAUUGUAAGUGUGUGUGAGAGAGAGAGAGGGUGACCUAUACUGUGGCAUCAUUGCCUUGUUCAUGAUACUGCCAAAAUAAGCUCUUCCAUUGUGCAACCCUAAAGUGAUUAAACAGAUUAAAGGAAAUGGAAGGAUAGGUAAAUAGGUUUGUGUUUCUUUAUGUGCAUUUGCUGAAAUUAGGAACAUUAUAUUCAUGGUAUAUCAGUUUUUUUACCACUACAAGUCUGGUUUCUGUUGUUUUCAUUAGCAUGUUUGUGCUAGUCGCAGGAGCCAGCAUUACAAGAGAUAUGUGUUUGCUAGUCUUAGUUUUCCAGAGGAAAAUGUUUUAAACAUUUACAUUAUAUAAAAGUAACAUUUAUUUUUAUUCAUGAUGUCAAUAUUUAACAGUUACUUUGACUCUAUAGAUCAAUCCACAAAGUGGACAACCCCUAGAUUGAAUUGUACUUGAGUGGAACAGAUAUACUUUUCCCCAACAGUAGGUAAGUUUGUAGUCAAGUAACUACUGUAGAAUAUCAAGAAACACCUCAGGUUAGAUAGAAAAAGAACCAAAGUUACUAAGUCUUAAUAAAACUGGAUGAUUCACUAUAUUUUCUAAAUAUAAAUUCAGGCUGCCCCAGAGACUAAUGAUCACUGCACCAGCAAGUAGUUUUUGGUUUGCCAAAUCAUAAAAUGACAGAAAUAUACUGUAUUUAGAAAACACUCUUUAACUUGAGCAACAACUGCAAAGGGGCAUAUUAGGCUUAGGGUUUAAUGGAAAGCAUUGUGGUGCGACAAGACUGUUAAAUUACGGUCCUUGGUGCCCACUGAACUAUUCAAAUAGUAAAUAAAGCAGUCAAACAAAAUCUUCAUACCAGAAGGAGAAGAAUAUUAGUAUCUGUUCAGCUGCUUCAAUCUAUACUAAAGAUUAGUGGCCACUACUCUAACAGUUGUUCAUUCUAAUAGUAAGGUCUCUCUUAAUAUUAUUGUAAUCUGAUUUAUUUUUCUCAGUGAGGAAUGGUUUAAGCAUAUUUGGACUUUGUUAAGAAUUCAUUAAUGCCAUUCAUUAACACCACAAGCUUGUUUGCUGUUAAAAUAAAGGUGAGGAGCAACUUAAGAAUAGAGUCUUUUGUUAUACAGUAUAACUGUUCUGAUUAGGUAGGCAAACUUGGCUGAGUGUUCAGUGUGUUGGAAUUCUUUUUGUGGUGGGGGAUCAAUGUUUGUAUCAAGUGUAAAGCUGUAUCUUUUAUUGAAUUGCUGUUUGAGAUUUCUUCUUACAAAAAUAUUAAAAAUGUAAUUAUCAUGUUGUUUACUAAGUGUGAAAUUUGCUUUUCACAAGUUUUAAACUGAAGUAGAAAUGAAUGAAAUUAAAAACUUAAAUUACACACUAAUUUUGAAAGCAGAGAGGAGUUGACAUUUAGGGUGUUGCAAAAAAUGCCCUUCCUGUCCCACAUUCUUGUUUCUCCAGCCAGUGUGUGAACAGUAAAAAAAAAAAUAAAUAAAAUAAUUCUGUUGAAUAAGAUCAAAGUGUAUCCCUGAGAGUUUAUGUCAUGCAAGAGGGAGAAGGAAAAAAACCUUAAGGAAAGUCCAUUUCUGUGUUCAUAUGGAUCUUGUGAUUGAAGUGAGCUGUAUGGCAUAUUGAUGUCUCAUCCUAUGGCAUAGUUCAUCUUUGGAAAGAGAACUGUCUGCUGUUUUUGUACACAAAGACCCAAAGGCUUUUGGAUUGGCUACAUUUGUUGCAAAGCUUGAAAUGCACUCUAUUUGGGUUCAUUUUACUUCUGUUAAGCAGAUCACUACAGCCAGAUACAAUAUUGUCCUUGUUUUUCUGUCAAAACAAAGUGAAACAUGCUUACAGGAAUGGUCUCAAAAUAUGUUAUGCAUCUUGCUUUAUUUUUUAUGUGUGUAUUUAUCUCUGUAAAAUUCAAGAGAAAAUUAUUUGUAAAAGUAAAAUUCACUUACUGUCUGUUAACUACUAUAUGUCAUAAGUAGAUCCUAUGAAUCUGUGCUUAUUUAUAAGAGGGGGGAAUUCUCUGUACAUUACUGAGAUUUUAGUUGUUAUGUAUAUUUGAAUAAACACUCACAAAACUUU